CCGGAGGCAACAUGAUUUAAGUAGAGCUCCAAACCCUCCGAGUCAGUUAGAAGGAGAGAAGCAAGAUGAGUUUGACUGACAAGGACAAGGCUACCGUCAAGGCCGUGUGGGCCAAGAUCUCCAAGAGCGCGGACGCCAUUGGGGCCGAUGCGCUGAGCAGGAUGCUCGUCGUCUACCCGCAGACCAAGACCUACUUCUCCCACUGGCCCGACCUGGGCCCCAACUCCGCUUCCGUGAAGAACCACGGAAAGAACGUGAUGGGUGGAAUCGCUUUGGCCGUGAGCAAGAUCGACGACCUGACCGCCGGCCUGCUGGAGCUCAGCGAACAGCACGCCUUCCAGCUGAGGGUGGACCCGGCCAACUUCAAGAUCCUGUCUCACUGCAUCCUCGUGGUGAUCGCCGGCCUGUUCCCGAAGGACUUCACCCCCGAGGCCCACGUCGCCGUGGACAAGUUCUUCUGCGGCGUGUCUCUGGCCCUGGCAGAGAGGUACCGCUGAUCGGCGCCACGUGGUCAAAGCAAUUAUGGAAUAAACUGCUUAUCCAAAACGGA